AUGAUUACCAUCAAUAUCGAAAAUAAUGAAGAUAAGGUGCUCAUAUAGGAGUAACCUAGUGCAACACCUCAACAAAAUGAAAAUCAAUAGGAAAAAGAAAUCCAAUUUCAAAAGGUACUUGAGAUUGUAAGGAAAAGUGAUUCCAAUUAUUUCAAAUAUCCGCCUGAUUUAGACUUAGCUUAAUUGCAUAAAUAAGCCUAUUAUCUAUGUCCAAACUAAGAAAUAAUCAACAAAUACUAAUUCAACACAUGUCCGUGCUGCAACAAAACUAUCAAUAAAAACAAGUUUAAUUGGAUUACUUCUGAUUUUUAUGAAUAAAUGACUGACGAAUAUGGUAUUGCUGUUCCGCUUUACUUCACUUUAAUAAAAUUUUAAGUGAUAAUUUUUAUUAUAGUCUUUUGCAUAUACGGAAUUAUUUUUAUGAAGACUGUGCAUCAAUUAUGUGAUCCUUCUAAAGUGUAACUACAAGAAUAAUGUGAUGACUAUUUUUCAGAUUAUUGCAAAAUGUGCGAAUUUAGGGAUAAUUAUCACUUUAUUGAUAUUGUAAGCCUUCAGAAAUAUUUUUCAAACGAAGCAGAUAAUAAUGAAAAAAAUUAUUUCGAAUUUGCUGCAUUCUUUGUUUUUUUUAUUAAUCUUCAUCUACCAUUUCUAUAUGAUUUAUUAGUGUCUUACAUAGAAAUUAAAUAUUGGAGUAGGGAACCUUGUCGAAGAUAAACAGAAACUAAGCAUUCUAUUUAUGUUAGACAUUUAUAAAAUAAAAUGCAACCAAAUGAAAUAUUUGAUUUAAUCAAAAGAUGUGUUGAAAAGCAUCCUAACUAAGAUAUUGCUUCUUAAUCUGAUAAAUUGGUUGACCCAUUGUUUAAAGAAAUAAUAUAUAUAUAUGACGUUGAAUAGUUAAUAAAGUUUGCAUCAAUCAGAGAGGCGGUUUUAAUAGAGAUAAUCCAAAAUAUAUAAAACUACUCAAAAUACUGUUUAUAAAAAGAUUUUGCUUAAUAAAUUAAUUGUUAAACAAAAUUAGAGAACAAUUUAACAUUGCUUGAGGAUAUUAAUAAUAAAAUCUAAAAGGAGACUGGAAAUGUUUAACUUAAUUAACUAACAGCAGAUUCUUUAAAGGAUAUUGAUUCAUUACAGUUUAGCAAGAAAGCAAUCAUCCAUUUUGCUGAUAAACAGGUUUUUAGUUUAGUUCACUCAAAUUUUAAAAGAACAUUUUUCCAAGAUUUAAAAAUUAAAUUAAAGUUUAUUGUUCAUCCUAAAUUAAGUGAUAAAAUUGCUGUGAAAAAGUCAUAUCGAAUUAAUGGUUUGUUUUGGAAUCAUUUAGGAGCCAAGAGUAUGGAUAGAGUUAUAUAAAAAUGUAAAUCAAUCGUAAUUAUGAUCUUUGCAUGUGCAAUUUUAAUGGUUGCAUAUGAACUUAUUUAUCUAUAUGUCAAUGACCCAGAUUUUUAAACUAACAAGGCAUCUGGGAAACUGACUACAGGAGAAAAAGCAGCGACAAACAUUUUUACAAUACUUGUUCCAAUAAUUACAACAAGUGCCAUUCUUGCUGUUAUCAUUAAUUAAAAAAAGGCUUAAAAAAGUACAUUUGCUCAUUAAGAACGGGGUUUUAUGCAUUUUUUAAUUGUUGUAAAUUAUCUAUUAGUUACAUUUGUUCCAUAUUUAUUUACUUUUGAGUUAUGGAAUGGAAAGGAGAAACCUGCUGCAAUCUAUAAUUUAAUAUCACUAACGUAAAAUAAAUUAAUUACUAAGCAUAUAUUUCACUUAUUCCAUAUAAGAUUUAUUUCAUCCUUACUAAGAACAAGAAAAGCACUCAAAAAUUAUUUACAAUAUUUUUAAGGACAAUUAAAUUAAUUAAUAACACCUCCAUUUUUUCCAUAGAGAAGUAGAAAUUGCAACGCUCUUUAUAGUAUUACCAUUGGAUUAUGUCUGAUCUACGUUUGCCCACUAAUAACCUUAAUAUGCUUUUUCUUUAAUUUGUUUAUGUACUUUUUCGAUAGAUAUACUACAACUCACAUUUAUGCUAUUGAUAAAAGAUUCACAAUAAUCUUGAUGAGACAUUAAAUCAAAGUCUAUUCUAUAGCAUUCUAUCCAAUUAAAAUAUAUUUAUUUGUUAAAUUGUUUUGGGAUUAUGAAUGGCUCAUUUAUGCUGGCUUACCUUUAUGCGUAUCAAUUAGUCUACUCAAUAUAAUUUUUAGAAAAUAGAUAAUUAAUUUUAUUUUGUUGACAAUAUUAAAAAUGGAGAAAUCGGAUUCUAAUUAAAAUAAAUAAGAAACAUAUUCAGAAAAUUAUUUAAAUUAUCUUAAAAGUAUAUAUUGUUAUUAUUGUUUAAAGAUUUAAAAAUAGACGAAACCAACCAAAUUACUUGGCAAAUAUUGA